AUGGAUUCUAAGAGUGACAUCAAAUUUGUCUAUUCACACAUUUUAAAAGUAUUGAAUCAGAGCAGUGAGUUAAACACAAAAGUCAAAGGAAACUAUGUGAACUCUGGUGAAGACUGGGUGGAGGAAGAAAUCAGAUUAGUAUUGAUCGGAAAAACAGGCAGCGGAAAAAGCGCCACAGGAAACACAAUUCUCGGGAAGAAGUUCUUUGAGUCAAGUGUCUCUGGAUCAUCAAUAACAAGCAAAUGUUCUCAAAAACAUGCAGUUCGAUUUAACAGAAAGAUCCUAAUUGUGGACACCCCAGGCGUUUUUGAUACAAAACAGUCAAACAAAAAGGUUCAGGAAGAAAUUGUUAAAUGCAUUAGUAUCACAUCACCGGGGCCUCAUGCUUUCAUUUUGGUCUUGAAUCUUUCAAGAUACACCGAAGAAGAACAAGAAUCUGUCAUGCACUUUGUCAAGCAUUUUGGCGAAGACAUCUUUAAAUAUUUCAUCGUUCUUUUCACUAGAAAGGAUGAUUUGGACGAAGAAGGAAGAACAUUAUCUCAACACAUCGAAACAGUUCCCCCAAAUCUCAAAUCAUUUAUUCAAAGGUGUGGUAGAAGAGUAAUUGCAUUUAAUAACAGACUCAAAGGGAAGGAUACUGAUGAGCAAGUUUUAGAGCUUUUGUCAAUGAUUUUGAAAAACAUUGAGAAUAAUCAAGGCAAAUGGUAUACUAAUAAAAUGUAUCUGGAGGCUGAAAGAAUAAUCAAGAAAAAAGAAGAUGAAGAAUUGAAAAAAGCAGCAGAAAAACAGAAAAAGGAAUUUCAGGCUAUCGAAAAAAGAAUAGAUCGCCAAAUAAAAGAAAUGCAACAAAAGCAGAAAAGGGAAGCACAAAUACGAGCUGAAAAACUCAGAGAGAUUGAAGAGGAAAAUCGUAAGGCAGAAAGAAAAGCAAGAGAGAGACGUAGAGAAAUGGAAGAAGAAAAGCAAAGAGCGGAAAGAGAAGCCAAUGAAAGACUUAGAAGGGAAAGGGAAAGAAUUAGGGAUAGAAUUAGAGUGGAAGUUGAAGAGGAGAAGGGUUUUUUUAGUGAACUUGCAGACAUGUGUACUAUCCUUUGA